CAAAGAUACUGGUAGUCUGGGUCAGUGUGUGCAAACGCAGCUGUAACACCUCGGUGACGACACAAAAUGUGUAGCUAAAAAGUAUAAACAAGUUGUGACUCCGUUUCAUUAGAAAAUAACUGGCUAAAGAGAAGAACGCAAUGGAAAUCCAUAAAUGCAUUGUUAGAGGAUGCGCCAAUCAAUCGGACGCAAUUAUUCAUUACAGUUUACCAGAGGAGCCACAGAGACGCCAACAGUGGCUACAGUUUAUCAAGGGAAGCAACCCUGGAGCGCAAAUAACAGAUGUUUCCCGUUUAUGUGGCGACCACUUUACAGAAGAGUGCUUCACAAAACUUGAUCUCGGUUUCACCACGAGGUUAAUAUUAAAUCUUGACGCAAUCCCAACGAUUUAUUCCACUGAUAAAACAUCGGUUUAUCGGCAAUACACAGUGAGUAUGAUAUUCGCGCUACGAGGCUAGCCUACAACUUAAAAAACAACAUUUGUACGUGUUUUAUUAAACUUAAUUGAACAUUGGGCCAAACCCAAACAGUUGUUUAGGCUAUAGCAUCAAAGACAGUAGCCUAAGCUAUAGGCUCGUUAAUCAAAGAUAGUAGGCUGAAAAGGUUUUAGUAGAGAAGAUGGCGGCGCAAUUGCUUCAGACAUUUGCCGCCAAUUAACUAGUUCAUUUCUUUAACUUUUCACUCCACCAACAAAAACACAUUUUUAAUUCUUAUAGGCUGAUAUUGGAAGACGUUAUGGCUAUCUAAAAUUGCCUAGCCUACAGUUUAUUAAACCAAGUGUAGCCCUGAACUAGUAGUAUCUAUCUGUGCACCCAGAAUGCCCCGAUUCAAACUCCCAUUCACUAGCUCUGCAAGCGCUAUAAUGUCAAAAUUCGUUCUUUGAUCACCAAAUAUGCAGUUUCUCUGACCAACUAUCAUAUUUGCUGACCAACAAAUGUAUUUUGAAAUUAUACUGCUUGCAGAGCUGGUGAAUUUGAGCUUUCUGGGUGUUAGAGGUACAUAUACUGGUGUAGCACUACCUUCAACUCUAUAACUUUAAUUUAAUAAUGUUUCUUCUAAAUUAAACACUUCUUGUUCAUCUCUCACAGGUGUCCGCUGAGAGUGCGAAGGGGACUGGGAUGUUGGAAGUAAAAUUGGCUGGCAUCAAGGAGGAGCCAGUGGACAGGGAGUUGGAUUCGCAGGUGAAUCCCUGGAACAAUUCGUUGGGUUCAAUCAAUAAAUUGUUUAGUUCAAUCAAAGAGGAAGAUGUUGGAGAGGAUGAGAGCAUUGCAGAGAGCUAUGACCAGAUUAGAGUGGUGAAAAUAGGAGACUCACACACAGGAGAGAGGAAGGAAGAGGGACGAGAGUAUGGGAUGGAAUACUCACACAUUCACCCAGAUGAAGGAGAGGAGGGAGGCUAUGAUGCCAUGGUAACAGAGAUUCACGGGAAAGAGAAAAUGAAUGUGAUGGAACGUGAGGUGGAGGGAGUGUUUGUGAUAGAAAACUCAAAUCCAGAGGAGGAGGAAUGUAGAGAAUAUAUAGUAGGGGAGGAGGAGGGAUGGAGGAUGGAGGAAGGAGGAGAGAGCAGGACGGAAGAGAUGUGGGUGAAAAAGGGGAGACGGAAAAAGCUUCCCGGGCCGCAGUGGUGGAGAUAUGAGCAAGAGAGGAGGAAGACCGAGGAAGACGAAUGGAAGAUGAUUGCAGAGAGGGCAAGGGAGGAAGAGAGGGAGAGACAGAAAGGUCAGACUGUGGAGGGGAAGAAGAGAGUGGCAGGGUUCCGCUGCCCACAAUGCAGCAACACCUUCCAGUCCCGAAGCGAGUUACUGGAGCACAAGACCGGCUGCUGCACUGAUACGAAACACGCCUGCCCAGUGCCACUCUGCCCCCAACGCAACCCAUCCAAGGGGUCCCUGAGGACUCACAUCUGCUUCCACCAUGUAAAGGAGGACAACAAGGAGGAAAAGGACUUGGAUGCUAUCCGGAAACCCAGAGGAGCCGGGGAGCAUCAGAAUAAAUUCCAACCCAACCAUAAGAAGAAAUUCUUCUGCUCCCUCUGCAACACAUACUACAGAAACCAGAUCGUCCUCGACAAACACUCUCGUAGUCACACCAGUUUCCGCAAAGUAAUGUUGUGCUGCUCCUUCUGCUCCGUGGAGAUCCUGAAUAAAUUCUCGAUGAAAAAGCACUACAACACGGAACACCCGGGCAGGGUCCCGCGCUGUGAGAUGUGUGAAAGAAACUUCCCCUCGAUCGACAGCUUCCUAAUACAUCAGGUUAGACACGUGGCCGUGACUCCCUACUACUGCUAUGAGUGUCGUAUCUACCAGCUGACCCAGAGGGGCCUCACUGUCCACCUGAAAAACCACGCUCUCAGACGCAACCAGGUGCAGUCUGGGAAACUCAACAAACCUGACAAUACAGGUAAUCAUAGUACAGCCCCUCUGAAGAAAAGCCCCUCCCCUCUACCCAACAACCCUGCACCUCUACAAGAUAACCACGCCCAUCUACAAGACAUCAAAGAAGAAGAAUUAAUAACCAUAUAA